GAUUCCAUUUGUGUACGGUGUACGCCUAUCGCUUGCUUCGCCAGUAGAAUUUAGGUUUUUUAAGUUUUUAAGAUAGGGUGUAAUUGAUUGUAAGAAGUAAUAAUUACGAGUGUUUUCUGUAGUGCGUAUCAAUUACGGGCAGAAUGGGACUCAAUUCGGCCUAUUUCUUCGUAUUUGGGAUCGUGUUUAUCACCUUUGCAGUACAAAUGGGAUUUGCAAUUAAAUGCUGGGAGUGUCGUUCAGAUUCCGACCCGAAAUGUUCCGACCCAUUCGAUAACAGUACUUUGUCGAUAACGGACUGCAGGCAAGUGGAACCAAAGGAACAUCUACCUGGAGUUAGAGCCACCAUGUGUCGGAAAAUUCGUCAAAAGGUUCAUGGCGAAUGGCGUUACUUCCGUAGUUGCGCUUUCAUGGGGGAACCUGGAAUAGAAGGGGAUGAACGGUUCUGUCUAAUGCGAAGCGGGACUUAUAAUAUUUUCAUGGAGUACUGCACCUGCAACAGCAAGGAUGGUUGCAACAGUGCAGCUCAUUACGUGCCUCAUGUUUUAUGUAUCCUCGGGCUUUCAAUACUCAGUUUUAUUUUUAAACAUUUGUUCUAAAAAUGUAUUGGCGCUUCUCUCUACUGUCUUCUACUAAAGUCUGAUAAGUUGCAACUUAUGAUGCGUCACUUUCCAUAACUAAGUGCCUUUCUACUAAAUAUUACUUUAGUUGUAGGUUUUUAUGUCUAUUUGAAAUUGUUUUGUGGAGUAGUAGAAAUACCUAAUAACACAAACUUAAGAAUAUCUUACAGAAAACCAUUCCGUCCCAAAACGAACUUAGAUAUUUAAAGAAAUAGUUAUAAUAUUAAAACAAAAAGUAACAUAUUUUAACGAAUCAUGCAUUUCAAUUCCAGUUAAAUCUGUAAAUAUGUACUGUAAAGCAUUACUAUUAGUGCUAAAUAAAGA